AGCGCGCGCCCGCGGCUUCCGGCGGGGGGUGGUGGCACAGCGGGCAACGGCGAUGGCGGCCGAGCGGCUUUUCUCGCUGGAGCUGCUGGUGGACUGGGUGCGCCUGGAGGCCGCGCCACCGCCCGAUCCCGCCGUGGCCUUCCGCCUGCUGGACUUCCCGCCGCUGCUGGUGCGCGCACCCACCACGCCUGCUCCGGCACCCGGCGGCGCGCUGGGCUUCGGGCGCGGCAAGGCCUGCGUGUUCCGCCUGCGCCCCGCCGCCCUGCGCCGCCCGCGGCUGCGCGCCGCGCUGCUGCAGCUGCCCGCCGCUCCCGACCCGCCCGCGCCACGGAUGCUGGGCGCCUGCGACGUCCCGCUGCCCGCCGCCCGCGGGCCCGGCAGCCGCGGCACGUUUGCCCUGCUGGACCCGGAAGGCGAGCGCGUCGGGGACCUGGCGCUCUUCUGCCGCCUGACGGAGCUAGGCGGCUGCGCUCGGGACCCCACCCCGGCCCCCGGACCUCAGAAUCCCGCCCCUGCCGACCUGGACCCCGACCUCGGCGCCCCGGACCCCGGACCGCAGGAUCCCGCCCCCCAGGACCCCCACCUCGGCGCCCCGGACCCAGACCCCCAGGAUCUCGCCGACCUGGACCCAGAACUGGGCGCCCCGGACCCCGCGGCCCGCCCAUCCCGCACGGGCUCCGUGGAGAUGGGUAGGCCUGGCCCUGUGGAGGCUUCAGGCAGCAGUGCCAGCGCCUCCAGCGAGGAAGACACUGAGCUGGACCUGGAAACCAACACCUUUUGCCCUCCUCCUCUGUAUUACACUCACUUGACCCAGGAAAGGGCAGUUCCUGCAGGCGUCAAAAUCACCAUUGAGCCCCAAAGGGACGUACCCGAGGAGCUAGGUGAUGCCUUGCCGGAAAAAGUACUUGUAAACCCUCCAACACAUCUGAGUCCUCCUGAAGGUACAGAUUCUGCAACACAGGAGACUCUUCCCGUGCUUUUGAGUCCACCAGGGAGUCAGGAUGUGGGAGCAAUUAAUCAAACUACAUGUCACCCUCAAACUGAACAAAAUACAAUUAAUACAAUAAGGCAGCUUCCUCUGCUAAAUGCUUUGUUAAUUGAGUUGUCCUUGUUAUACAACCAACCCGUGGCAAGCCCAACUCAUGUACAUCCCCACUUAGCCUGGUUGUAUAGAACCGAGGAUAAGAAGGUACCAGAAUCUUGCACCAAAUCCACAUGUCAGUCUGAAUAUAAGAAGGAUAAGCUUUCAGUGGGGAGCCACGAAAAGUCAGCGAGCCUUCAGUGUAAAAAGAACCAAGUUGAAAACCUUAAGAAAGGUAAAUAUUUUGAGAAAAAUGGCAACCAUCAAAAAAGAGUUACAAGGGGGAAGCUACUUUAUGGCUUAACAAAUACACUCAGACUGCGUUUAAAGCAAACAAAUCCUGACAUGUUGGUAAUACAUGAAAAAAGAGAAGAGUAUAGAAAAAUGCAAGCACAAAUGUUGGGUACAAGUACAAAAUUCAGAAUUCCAUCCUCUAAAGUUAAAGUAUUAAGCUUUGCAGAACAAAAUCAGAAGCCACAUCAGCUACCUAGAGACAAGAAUUUAGAUUCAGAUGCAUCUUCUGAAAAUAGUGAUACCUCAAGGCAAAUUAGUGAAGUCUUUGAUGAAACCAGCACAACUAAAGAAACUAAACUAAAAUGUGCAACUGGAAAAAAGACAGUUGAUUGUGGGGAAAACAGAACCAGCACAUUGGGAAGAAUCUCGAGUCCUGCAGAUUUUAUUAUUCCAGAAAGAUUGACUCAUACAAGUAUUUUGGGAGGAAAACUGGAAACCAGAGUACAAAGUCCAUGUGUUUUCCAACAACAUGCUAUGGCUGGMAGARUUGUAGAUAAAGAAAUAGAWAAUUGGCAGRUCAGAAACACAGAUAAUAACAUUCYUGCUGAAAUGAGUGAAAAUAGUUCCCAUGAAAGCAUCUCAGAGCUGAAGUAUUCAGAUGACUUCACCAGCCCUUGCUAUUCAGAAGACUUCUAYAGCACUGAGGAGACCAGCAGGAGCUUGCAGAGUCAUGCUAAUAGUCCACGGGCAGAAAUUUCACCUAGGAGGAAGUCUAUUGGACCAAGACCACCCCUAGGGAAAAGUAGCAGUGAGAAGAGUUCUAUUCYUAGCCCACCUUUUUCAGCUGGAUCACCAAUACUCUCACAAAAAAAGAUGUUAUCUUUCAGAGACCGGGAUGAAAGUGUGGAAAAAGCAUCUAGUAACUCCACCAGUAAUUUAUCUUCAUCCCACUGGACUAAGGAAAAAGAAARCCAGAUAGACCAAAACAGUAGGCAUAACACUAAGGAUAAAAAAAGAUGUCAAGACUUCUCUAUGAAACUUAAAGCAGAAACUGAUCGCAAAUGGUCAGAAAAAAGCCAGUCACCAMGGACAUCUCAAGUGAGUUCUUACCUGCCCUCUAAUUUGUCAGAACUAGAACUCAAUGUUCUGGAUGGCAGUACUUCAGAUCAUUUUSAAGAUGAUGAUGACAUUGGUUCACUAAGAAUUUCAAAGCAAUAUAAAGAUAUCUGUGAGUUAGUAAUAAACAAACUUCCAGGAUAUACGGUGUAAAAAUGUGCUUUAAAAAAUUUUUUUAUGUGUAUUGUUAAAAAUUUUAAUACCUUCACAUUAUUUUAGUGCAUAAAUUAUGUGAAUAUUUCUUUUUAAGAAAAGUAAAUGUCAUUCCUUUGAUGCUUAACUAAUAUUUACCUUAAUCUGAUAAUAUUKAUCAUGAGAUCACCUCAUAACUUAGGUAAGAUUUCUUUAUAAGUUAUUUAAAAAUAAGAGUAUAUCUUUCUAAACUUUUGAAGUAUCCUAAAAUAUGRAACAUUCAAAGCUGACUUCAUUGAAAAAAAAAAGUUAGUUAAUAAGAAUAGCUGCAGAUUUUUAUGGGAAUAAGUUAUUUAACAAACAAGAUAUGAUUCCUGCUCUUGCAGGAGUUUAUAGCACAUGUACAUAUAUUUGUGUGUGGGUGUGCUUGCAUAUACAGUGUUMUAUACCUUUGUUUACCCACAAUCUGUGUGACUACUUGAUUAAUGUUUGUCUUCCACUAGGCUAAAGUGCUCUGAUGAGAAGGACCCUGUCUGUUUUUAGCACCCAGCACAGUCCCUGGCAUGUA